AUGCAGGGCUCCGCCUCUUUUCUGCGCGCCCUGCCCUCCGCUGACAAGGAGGAGCUUCUCAAACUCACGACACUCGUCGAGCUUCCCAAGUCUCGCUAUGCUACAAAACUUGCCGUCACUUCCUGUCCUAACACCCGCCGUGGCCGCAAGGCCAUCUUCUCACACAUCGAGGUUUACAAAAUGGUCGAAUCUAUAGCUGGUCGCAUGCGCGAAGCCGGGAUUCGCCCCGGCACCGUUUGCGCCUUUGCAAUGCCCACCUCAUUUGAGGCUAUCAUCUACUUCUACGCCCUCAUGUGGAUCGCCGCCAUCGCCGCGCCUAUUGACCCCUCUCUCGACGAGCAGGCCUUUCAAAAGGCCCUUUCGGACGUGGGCGCAAAGGUCCUCGUCUCCCCCUUAGCGGACGACUCCGAAGAUGAACUAACCCUCAAGUGUAAGAACGCUUCUGCGAAACUGGACUUGCUUGAUUGGCAUAUCCAUCGCACAAUUAACGAAGGCGUCAUCUUAGAAACACAUGGAAGGAUGACCGGCGCUGGCGCAGCCUGGGCUGGCGGUGCGGGUGACUUCAAACUCGAUCCCGAGGAGACCGCCGUCCAUAUGUCCUCAGCGGUAGGCGUCGUCCCGCUCUCCCAUCGUGCCCUUUGCGAAGCCGCUAAAUCUUUCGUGUCAACAUACGUCCUCGCCGUUAAUAUGAGCACUAUGCUCGCCCCACCACUCCACGAUAUUCACGGUGUUCUCAUCCUUAUCGCCGCUUUCUACUCGGGUGGCCACAUCGUCCUUCCCGGCUAUGGAGGAUUCUCACCAGAGAAAUUUUGGGAUCUGGCCAAAGCACAUGAUAUCACUUGGCUCUCAGCUUCCCCCGAUCAAAUCCUCGACUUGUAUGAAGCAAAUGAGAAAACCAGUGCAAUUGACAGGCAGCAGCUUACUUUUGUGCGGUCGUGUGGUUCGACAUGCAUCGCCCCUGAGCUGCUCGAACAAGUUGAGAAGUCGUUGAAGACACCCGUCUAUGAGUCCUAUGGCACCCCUGAAGCCUGUGGCUUUGCUACGGCAAACCGCCUCGACUUUCGUCGACCCGGGACCGUCGGCACUCCUGUAAAUGGUAUCGAUGUUGCCAUUUUUGAUAUGGAUACCCGCCAGAUACUUGAUACAAACGAGGUUGGUGAAAUUGCCAUAUCCGGACAACACGUUGCGCAGUCGUACUUGCAUUCGGAGGCCGCAACUGAAGCGGCCGUCUUCGAAACUGAAGUAAUGGACGAUGAGGGCAACCGCGGUACACUAAAGUGGUUUGCCACUGGAGAUCGCGGUGCUGUUGACAGCGAUGGCUUUGUCAGCGUUGUUGGUAACUCUCGCCAACUGAGAGCUGCCGAAAUUGAAGCGCAAGAAGAAAAGAAGAGCAAAGAAAUUGAAGAGGAAGCUGCGAGGAAGGCCGAAGAGGAAGAAAAGGAGCGCUCGGCGGUAGCCGUUCUGGCCGCUAAGGAAGAGGGGGAGAGAUUGCGAGCGGAGGAGGAAGAAAGACUCCGUAUUGAGGAGGAGGAGAGGAAACGCAUUGAAGAGGAGAGAAGAGAAAAGGAGAAGAAAGCUGCUGCAGCAGCUGCCGCUGCCGCCGCGGCCGCCGCCACCGCUGCCGCAGCUGCGACAGCAGCGUCGCUGAAGAAAGAAGAGGAACGGGCCGAACGCUCCGCGGCCCUUACUCGGGCAGGUAUAGAAAACCCUGAUGAUCUUGAUGACGAAACUGCCAAUGCUAUCCUUGCUAGACUAGAAGCUAUCGAGGAGAACCAUCGUCGAUUGCAACAAGAUGUCGAGGGGAGAAAUGCGGCUGAACUCGAAGAGAUGAGGAGGCGAGUUGAAGCUGCCGAAGCUGAGGCUGAGCGCGCACUCAACGCUAGUCUAGAACAAAACGGCCAAAUUCAUGAUGUCCGUGUGGAGGAGCUCGAGGCUGCAGUGAGGGCAGCUGCCGCGAGCGCGGCAUCUUCUGCCAGCAAUACUCGUGAAGCAGUCAAAGCUGCUCGUGAAGUUGCGGAUGCUGCCUACGGAACCAACCAGAGCCAGCCAGUCGAGGUCAAGGAAAGCACUGGUGAUCAGGGUGCACUUACAAAGACUGUUCGCGUUCCAUUGGAUGACGUGGAGGCUGCGAUGCGAAAUCACCCUGCCGUGUCCGUCGCGAAGGCCUUUGGACGGAAAGAUAAGCGAUUUGGAGCUGAGGUAUUCUGUGCCAUUGUGCCAAAGCGCGGCGCUCGAGUGAGUGAGCCGUGGCUGAAGUUGCAUGCGCAGUCAGUGCUGCCAGCGCCUAUGGUGCCCAAAAAGUUUUAUUACAUGACCGAAAUGCCCACAGGCAUAUCACGAAGGGAGCUCUCUGAGUCCCCACUACUCCAGGAUCUUUCCUCAUUCUCUGGGUUUUCAGAUGUCAAGCAUGUGAAAGGCCCGCAAUGGAAGCCGAAGCCAAAGCGGCGUGUUGAUGCCUAA